UUGUUGGUUUGUUUUUCUUUAAUUAGGAAGUUUAUUUUUGUGCACCUUGCUUUUGCUUCUUCUCUUUGGUAAAAAUAAUUAAAGUCCAUUGUCUCUUUUUUUAAAAUAUUUUUUUGUUAAAAUGUUACUGCUAUAGGAACUCCAACUUUUUGAAAUGUUAUAUCAAGAAAAGUGUUAUUAUACAGAGUGUGAUUUUGACCAUACUGGUGUAUUGUGUAUAUAUAUUUAGUUGAAAAUGUCUGAUAGUGAAAGUGAAGAAGAUUUUGUUAGUGCUGAUGAGGGUGAAGAUGAUGACAAUAAAAAGGAUGCUUGUAAGAAGCAAGAAGAAAAAAUGAAAGUGAAAAAUGUAAAAAAAGUUGAAAGUGAUGAAAAGAUAGAGUCAAAGAAUGAGGAAGCAACUAAUAACAUUAAUGAUAAAACAACCAUUAUUAGAAAUAAUGAAAUUAUUCAAUCUGAGAGUGAUAACGAAGAAGAAAACACUGACAAAGAAAUAGACUCCUUGGCCAGUGACUUAAAACAUACGAAUGUUAAAAAAACCUCUUUGCCAUGUAAGAAUAUUGAAAAAUUUGAUCAGCAGGAUGUACCUAAUCAAUCAGCAAAUUUGUCAGAUGAUCACGAACAUUCUGAACAUCAUGAGAACACACUGAUGGUUGAUGGAGAAAAAAAUAAAUGCACAGAAGGUGAAAAUGAAGUAAACCAUAAAAAUAUAUUAAAAGAUAAUAACCAUGAAAGUGAUAUCAGUGAGGUUAAAUCUGGUGAUGUCAUUAAUAAAGACAACAAAGAUUUCAAUGACGGAGAAUUAAAAAUUACACCUGAAUUAAACACCGGUGAUGCAAAUGAAAGUCCUGCAGAGAGCUCAUUUGUCAUUAAAGUCGAGAAAGCAAUUGAAGCUUCAGAAAUGGAGAAACCUAUUGAACCAUCUAGCACUGAAAAGGUUGCAGCAACACCUAUUGUCGAAAAGGCUUUGAAAGCUUCUGACACUAAAAAAAAUGUAGAAACACCAAAUCCUGAAAAGAUUAUGGAUAUAUCUAGCACUAAAGAAGUUGAAGAAUCCCUCAAAGUUAGAAGGGUUACGGAAACACCUAAUGCUGAAAAAGUUGUGAAAACAACCGAUGACUCCGUUGUUGAAGACGUCACAGAAAAUGAAUCAAAUGGCAAUCAGAGUGUUAACAAUCAACCACAGAUUUCCUCCAGUGGCAACAACACCACAGGUCAAGAAGACUGGGGAUGGGACUCAUGGGCUGAUGAUUUUAUAUCCCAAACUGCAAACAAAGUUUCAUCCCUACUGGAAACUGUGGAACACCAAUUAGGCAUACCUGAUCCCAAGGAAGUUGCACAAGCUUUAAGAAAAGAUGAGGUGGAAAGUCAAAGCAAGGAGGGUGAGAAACAGGCUGACAAACUUGACAAUGUUUCGGAUAGUUCUGCUGGAAACCAGGCUGCAGGUGCAUCAUCUUGGUUCUCCAGUUUUGUCCCAGUAUCAACAUUAUCAAAUCUUGUUCAAUCCACUGGCCAAGAUCUUGUCUCUGGUAGCAUCGAUGCAUUAGAAUUUCUUGGCAAAAAAACUGUAAACAUUUUGUCUGAAGGAGAUCCAGGUCUACGCAGCAAACGUGACCAGUUGCUUGGAAAGAAAUCAACGUUAUCAUCUGUGCUACAAGAAGCUAAAAAUAAAUCUGAACAAGUGGAUUGCAAAAGUUCUAUGAAAAGGGGAGAUAACCCAACAAAUUUUAAUGACAUGUUUGAAAAAGUACAAGGAGUUGCACAUUCUGAGGCAUUGGAAAUGUUAUCUAAGGAAUGUGAUAUGAAACUGGAGAGAAUUUUAAAUGCCCAAUCUGAUGCUGCGAAAGAUGAAAGCAUCGAAAUAUUGACUGCCAUAAAAGAAAAGAUGGAACUUGAUGUUGAACUUGACGAAUCAAAAGAUGUAAAUUUUAAAAAGGAACUUUAUCUCCAGUCAAAGAAACUGCAAUUAAAAGUAACAUGUUCAAAACUGUUAAACACUUGGUCAAAACUUCAAGAAAAAACAAACUUUUCAGAAACUAUUAAUGUUCAUGAUUGUUAUGAAAAUGCUGUGAUGACGUUAGCUGAAUUUACAUCGAGAUGUAUCGAAUAUUACAGAAAGGUUGCAGACAUGCUCCUUAUGACGGACAUGGAGGCGAAAAAAUUAGCGGAAGAGAGAGCAUCAACAUUAAAAAAUAUCACCCAACUCUACCAAAUAGAAGUCACAUCUUUGGGCAACAGUUACGCUAACCAUUUAGCUGAAAAUAACAAAGAAAGUGCUUCCCGUAUAAUAACAGAUAUUUACCUGGAAGUUUCGAACUGUGUGUCGCUGCUACAUGACUCACAUGGUUUAUUAAGUCCAAUAUUAAAAUUAUCAGCUAUUAAGUAACAUUUUAAAUUACCUUAAAGGGUUCGGUUUUUAAGUAAGAGGUUUUUUGAUGUGGUUGUGAUGAAAAAUAACUUUUUAUUAAUAUGGAUGUUUUUUAUAAAAUUUCUGGUAUGGCCAAGGUUUGUCACAAAUUAUGUUCAUUUCAGUGAAGGUGCUUCUCACUAUGGGUGAUUGUGAUAUCAUAUAUAUGUCAUGUUCAUUUCUCUCAUAAAACGUUCUCCAAAAAAGAAAUGUGUGCAUCAUUCAGCACAACUAAAAUUGAAUAUUAUAACAAUUAUUUUGAAAUAAAUUUAUAUUUAUAUAUACCUUAAUU